AGCAACUGAAGAAAUCUAGAUUUGUUAAAGUCAGCAUGGACAAGACUCUGUUGGUGAUGCUCCUGCUCUCAGGCUUCUGGACCCCCUACCUUUUUCGAAACGACUACUUCUUUAUCAAACAGAACUUAACCUGGGAUGAAGCACACGAGUACUGCAUUAUGGGGAACAAUGAACUGGCCCAAAUACAAAACCUGGAAAACGCCACAGAAAUUAUGAGAGUUUAUACUGCGGAGUACACAGACAAGGCCUGGAUAGGACUGUUAGCGAACGCUUCAGAUUGGACCUGGGUGGAUGGAGAACCAGCCACAUAUUUGAAAUGGGAAAUUGAUCAGCCAGAUAACAUUGACACGGAUGAGUAUUGUGUGACCAUCAAUGGUGAAGGACGUUGGGGCCUUGCCAACUGCUCACUAAAGAAACCUUUUGUUUGUCAAGAUGAAGUAGAUUUAGAUAAAUUAUAUGAAAGUACGCGGGACAUGACUUGGAAUGAUGCCAAAACCAGUUGCAAAGAAAGUGGUAGAUUUCUGGUCACAAUCCCUGAUCCACAGGUGAAUUCUAAAGUAAAGUUAAAUGCACAAGAAACAGAAAUAUGGAUUGGCCUUAGCAAACCCAAACUCUGGUAUUGGUCAGAACCCGGAGAAAACCACUUCACAAACUGGAAAGAGGGACAACCUGACAACUCAAACGGAGAAGAAAGUUGUGCAGCCGUAGCAUUGAAAGAUGGAACCUGGACGGAUGAGCCCUGCAAUGCAACUUAUCCUUUCUUCUGCUAUGGAGAUGUGACUUGGUGCAAGGAGCCCUGUGUAAAGUGGAACAAAUCAGGCAAUAGAGUCCUCAAAGCACGGAAAACAGUGGUGAGAGUGAGAAUCACGUCCAGUGCAAACAUGAAGUAUCCAACCUGCAGUGCGGACCUGCAGCGACAGCUGCAGGCAUUACUUGUUAAUAAGGGACUGACAGAUUUCAAACUGACCUGGAAGAAACUGCCAGUGAAUCGUACUUGAUAGAGCAGUGACAAUUAAAAGAUGCUUGUUGAUGCUGUGAGAGGACUCCCAGAAAAACGUACCACAACAUUGAGUAUACACAGCAUCCUACAAACAGAUAAGGAUUACUGUCUGCAUUUCCUUACUAUGGAAAUAUAUCAUUUUUUUCCCUUAAGGGAAUUAAGACUGAACUCAGAAAAGCUCAGUCUCACUUGUAAAUGUUUCAGUUUUGUAUUAAUUUACAUCACACUGCUGUGUUUUUCACUUCAUGUGUGAUUUAGAGAUUAUUAUGACUUAUAUAGUGACAUAUAAAUACUUUAUAAACUCAGAAAUAUUCAUAAUUUCCAUUUAGUUUCUCAUAUAAUACUUAAUAUUAUUUUCAUUAAUAUGUUUUCGGGUAAAUGCAUCAACAAGGUUGGUGGUUCAAUGCUUGAUCUGAUAUGACAUGCAGAAUGGACUUUGCCUGUUACUGAACCCCAAAUUGCUAGUUGGUAGCAUUUCUAUUUUUUUGGCAUCUGCCAGCAGUAUGUUUUUAAAUACCUUCAUAAAUCAAUAUAAGUUCACAUCACCACUUUACCAUGUCUGCUGUCAGCCCUUUCUGAAGGGGAACUGAAGCAAUGUCUAGGUUUUUGCCAACAUAAUCGAUUUGAAAAGAAACUGUAAUUUUGUCCAUUUGCUUUGCAUCCAUGGGCGAACAAGAAACAAAAUGAAUUGAUAAUGUGAAACAAAAUGACAAGUUUAGCGAGAACCCAGAGGGUCCUAUGAUUAAUACUUAAAGGUGUGUAUUUAUGUAUUUUAUGAAUCCCUGUUUUACUUGUGUACUUCAACAUAAAUGAAUAAAAUGUUUGAUUUGAAUCUACCUUCCUCCAUUUAGAACAUGUAGAAUAUUUGCUUGUUAAACAUUUACAAUUAAAAUGUUAAACUUGUAAUUGUUUUGGUGGUGAAUGGUUUCCAUUGGUGCUCGUGA